AUGUUGAGUGCCACAAUCAGAAAAACAUGUGAAGGGCUGGGCCCCUCACUAGAGAUCCAUACAAUCGAGUCCCUUGAAAGGGACAAAGUGAGCCUGGAGGAGGGGGAGGAGGAGGAGGAGGAGGAGGAGGAGGAGGAGGAGGAGGAGGAGGAAGAGGGACACAGCCAGUACCUAACAAUGAGAGUCCUUAGCGGUUUGACAUGUUUCGACGGGAGGAGGGGGGAGGACCUGUCAGAAGAAGGAGAGCAGGAAGAACCUUUUGGGCGACCUGUCACACUGAAAGUGUCCGUCCUGAAGCAGGACAAGGACACAUACAGUUCUCACACGGAUAUCUCAGCCACCUGCACAGUCGUGGUGCCCUUCAACUUGGACCCGGCACAAUUUAAACAGGCCCUAACGGAGAAAGUCCAGAGCAUUCCAGCUGAAUUCAACUACGGAGAUUUUUUGUCCUCGAUGCACUGUGUCCAAGGGAAAUUAGAUCAGGGUGCUGCUCCAUCUCAAACUCAAGAUCCCUCCCAGCCUCAACCAUUACCCGGCACAGCUCGGGUUGUUCCCCAAGUUGAGGAAUCACUGUCACAAUACAGCCCAUCCCCACCUAACAAUCCAUCCCCACCUCACCACCCAUCCCCACCUAACAAUCCAUCCCCACCUCACCACCCAUCCCCACCUAACAAUCCAUCCCCAGCUCACAGCCCAUCCCCACCACCUCACAGCGCAUCCCCACCACCUCACAGCGCAUCCCCACCACCUCACAGCCCGUCGCCACCACCUCACAGCGCAUCCCCACCACCUUACAGCGCAUCCCCACCACCUCACAGCGCAUCCCCACCAUCUCACAGCCCGUCGCCACCAGGCAGCUCCUCGGCACAACGCAGCCCCUCCCCACCAGCCACUGUACACAUAGAUGUUGCAACUUUGUUGCAGCGUCUCCAAAGCAGGCUAAAAAAUGACAUCGUACGAGCCAAUCAAAUUAAUGCUUUCCGAGGGGAAGAAUUGGAUUGUGCCAUAAGAGCAUUUUGCAGGGCCAGUUUUGAGCCAGAAACAAAAAUCGAUGUCAUUUUUGUCGACACGGAGGGAGUUGGAGAAGGGGCAAUCAAUGAGGGGGGUCCCACAAGGGAAUUUUGUACUCUCGUCAUGGGACAACUCCAACGCCACACCAUUUUGAAGGUCCUGAGGAGUAGGACAUUGGCCCUGGCAGUGUUGAUACUCAUUACAGAAAGGACUCUACCGGAUGAUCGACAAAAUGCUGAUCAUCUGUUUAGUGCAGGGCUUGGUGUCGCCCCAAUUUUUAUCAGAGCGCCUAUACAGGCAGGUAUGUGGUCUGCAACCUCUCCCUGCCUGUAUAGAGGAUAUUUGGGGUCACACCCUGAAGGCCAAGCUCCAAAACAUUGCUGAUGCGACAAACAUCGAAGAGGCCAGAGAGGCAGUGGAGGAGGCCACAGAGGAGCUCUCGCUUUUGGGCUCCUUGCAAUAUGUCCAAAACAUGACACAGAGGGAUGAGCUCCUGGCGGCCGCCCUUCACCAUUAUGUCGAUGGAUGCAAGGUGGAAGCCCUCCAACAGAAGCACGCUGAAGUUGGGGGAUGUGUUGGCCUUUGCCACUGGCCUUCAGAAGAUGCCUGCAGCAGGCUUUCCAACACAGCCACAACUGCAGUUCCUCCACCCGGAGGACGGGCCAGCAACUUUUCCGACGGCCAACACCUGUGCCUUUAUUCUGAGGCUGCCAGUGUUUCCGACCUAUGAGAAGUUUGAAGGCGCCAUGGAAAAUGGCAUAAGCUGGGCUGGCCAAUUUGGGGUAGCUUAGAGAAAAGUUUGAUGUGUGGAAGUAUUAUGUAUUUUGAAAGUUAACUCUUUGUGUCUCCUCUGUGUUUACUUACUGCCCUGUGUGUUUUCCCUCCAUUUUUAAUUCCCCCCCCCCUGUAUAUAAAUCCUGGUAUUCUGUCCUGUUCUUGUUGGUUCUUUGUUUGACAUGUCACAAAGUUCAGUUUUUUCCGUGUGGUUUUAUGUUGCCGUUUUGUUGAAUAUACAUUUUUGGAAAAUGUU